AUGUCUCAACUUCGUUUCGAUAACCAGGUCGUCGUCGUCACUGGCGCUGGGGGCGGUCUAGGAAAGGCAUAUGCCCUGUACUUUGCUUCCAAGGGUGCCGGUGUAGUUGUCAAUGAUCUUGGUGUAUCACAUUCUGGAGAGGGCCAGUCGUCAAAGGCUGCCGAUGUUGUUGUCGAAGAAAUCAAAGCCGCUGGCGGAAAGGCCGUUGCCAACUAUGACAGCGUCGAGUUCGGUGAGAAGAUCAUAGACACCGCCAUCAAGACGUUUGGCCGCAUCGACAUCUUAAUCAACAACGCUGGGAUUCUCCGAGAUGUCAGCUUUAAGAAUAUGAAAGACCAAGACUGGGAUAUAAUCGACAAGGUCCACCUUUUCGGAGCAUAUAAGUGUACCAAAGCUGCUUGGGCUCACUUCAGAAAACAAAAGUUUGGCCGAGUUAUUAACACUACCUCUGCUGCCGGUCUGUUUGGCAGUUUUGGCCAAACCAAUUAUUCUGCUGCCAAACUUGCGCUGGUCGGCUUUACCGAGACCCUCGCAAAGGAGGGCCUCAAGUAUAACAUCCACUCCAAUGCCAUUGCACCAAUUGAGCUUUUGGCCAACCUAAAGCCUGAAUUCGUCGUUCCUAUUGUUGCAUAUCUUGUCCAUUCCUCCACUACUGAGACUGGUAGUAUAUUCGAGGCUGGAGCUGGCCAUGUUGCCAAGAUCCGAUGGGAACGUUCCAAGGGUGCUUUGAUGAAAGCUGAUGACAGCUUUACACCUGGUGCUCUCUUGAAGAGAUGGGAUGAUGUCAAUGACUUCUCCAAGCCUACUUACCCUACUGGGCCUGCUGAUUAUGUUGAAUUGAUCCAAGAGUCAAUGACGUUACCGGCAAACCCCCCGGCCGAGCAACCGGACUUUACUGGAAAGGUUGCUUUGAUCACUGGAGCUGGAGCUGGACUUGGUCGAUCCUAUGCACUCAUGUUUGCUAAGUAUGGUGCAUCCGUCGUUGUCAACGAUCUUAUGGAUCCAGAGCCAGUUGUCCAAGAGAUCCGAAAGGCUGGAGGAAAGGCUGUUGGAUCCAAGGCCUCUUGCGAAGACGGUCCAACUAUUGUAAAGACUGCUAUUGACAACUUUGGCCGCAUUGAUAUCGUUAUCAACAACGCAGGUAACCUUCGUGACAAGGCUUUCACUAACAUGGAUGAAAAGCUCUGGACUUCGGUCGUGAACGUUCACCUUAGAGGUACCUACAGCGUCACCAAGGCUGCAUGGCCCUAUUUCUUGAAGCAGAAGUUUGGCCGUGUUGUCAACACUACCUCUACUAGCGGUAUAUAUGGAAACUUUGGCCAAGCCAACUAUGCAUCUGCUAAACUUGGUAUCCUUGGUCUUUCCCGUACGCUUGCCCUCGAAGGCGCCAAGUACAACAUCCGCGUCAACACUAUUGCUCCUAAUGCCGGUACGGACAUGACCAGAACCAUUAUGCCAGAAGAACUCGUCCAGGCCUUGAACCCCAACCAAGUUGCACCACUCGUCAUCCUUCUCUGCUCUGAACUCCUCCCUGAGCCUGCUACCAAGGGCCUCUAUGAGUGUGGCAGUGGAUGGACCGGCAAGACCAGGUGGCAACGUUCUGGAGGCCAUGGCUUCCCCGUUGACAUCGAACUCACUGUCGAGGAUGUUGCCAAGGCCUGGCCUAAGAUCGUUGAUUUCGAUGACGGCCGCGCUGACCACCCUGAUGAUACCCUUGCUGGUACUGAGAGCAUCAUGGCCAACAUCAACAACAAGGUCGGAGAGACCAAGAAGGACGAGGCGCCAAAGGGUGGCGACCAGGGCAUCUUGAGCAACAUCUCCAAGGCCAAGGAGAUGAAGGCUGAAGGUACCCCCUUUGACUACGCUGAUAAGGAUAUCAUCCUUUACAGUCUCAGUCUCGGAGCUAAGAGGACCCAGUUACCACUCGUGUAUGAGAAUCACGACGAGUUCCAGGCUCUGCCUACCUACGGUGUUAUCCCUUGGUUCAACACUGCCGUCCCAUGGAGCAUGAACGACAUUGUUGCAAACUUCUCGCCUAUGAUGCUUCUUCACGGCGAACAAUACCUCGAAAUCAGGAAAUACCCAAUUCCUACCGAGGCGAAGACCCUCACCUACCCAAAGCUGAUCGAUGUUAUCGACAAGGGUAACGCCGCUAUCGUCGUUAUGGGAUACACAACCAAGAACGCGAAGACCGGUGAAGACCUCUUCUACAACGAGUCUACCAUGUUCAUCCGUGGAAGCGGUGGAUUCGGCGGCUCAAGCAAAUCCACGGCCUCCCGCCCAGCUGCCGCAACAGCCGCCUACAAACCCCCACAACGCAAGGCCGACGCUGUGGUCGAAGAGAAGACGGGCGAAGACCAAGCUGCUCUUUACCGUCUCAACGGCGACCGCAACCCUCUCCACCUUGAUCCUGAGUUCAGCAAGAUGGGUGGCUUCAAGACUCCUAUCCUCCAUGGCCUCUGCUCCUUGGGUAUCUCCGGUAAACACAUCUAUGAGAAGUUCGGUGCCUUCAAGAACAUCAAGGUCCGCUUUGCCGGUGUCGUCUUGCCUGGCCAGACCCUCAGGACGGAGAUGUGGAAGGAAGGCAAUGUCGUCGUCUUCCAGACCACCGUCGUCGAGACUGGCAAGCCAGCUAUUGCUGGAGCUGGCGUCGAGCUGGUCUCUAACGGAAAAGGCAAAUUGUAA